CAGUACCUUGUCUUAGUCUGGAACUCUGCUUUCAAUUUCUGUAAUCUGGCGCUAUGCAUCCGGAUCCCAGACCCUUACAGGCACUGCUCUUCAUCACUGCUGCAGUUAUCUUCUCCGCUACAAGUUCAGAUUUGAUUCCUCAUUUUAUUUCUGAGCCCCUGUCUACUAUCCAGAAGCCUGGUGGGCCUGUAAAGCUUCAUUGCUCUGCUGAACCCUCCACAGCUCGCAUUUCUUGGCUGUUUAACGGACAAAGGUUGGACAGCAGGGUGGAGCAAGUGGAGGUGCAGCUAGGAUCUUUGACAAUCUUCUCUCUCAGCCCCUCAAAUUCUGGUCACUAUCAGUGCAUUGCCAAUUACAGUGCUGGUGCAAUUGUGAGCAGGCCUGCUACAGUAUCCAUAAGCCAUCUUGAUGAUUUUGAUACUUCAGUGAAACACAUAGUUACAGUAGAAGAAGGAAGUGUUGCCUUCAUUGGCUGUAAGGUACCAGAAAGUAACCCUAAAGCACAAGUUCGCUUUCGAGUACGGGGAAAAUGGCUGGAACAAUCAACAGAUAACUACCUAAUUCUUCCAUCUGGAAAUCUGCAGAUUUUGAAUGUCUCUUUAGAGGAUAAAGGCUCCUAUAAAUGUGCAGCAUACAACCCAGUCACUCAUGAUCUCAAAUUAGAACCCACUGGACAUAAGCUCAUAGUCAGCCGCACGUCUGCAGAAGGUUUUCGCAUUCUUCACCCCACUGUUUCUCAGGCUUUGGCAGUACCUCAGCACAGUCCCCUAACUCUAGAGUGUGUUGUUAGUGGGUUGCCUGCAACUCAUGUCCACUGGUUUAAGGAUGGUCAGGAUGCACUGACUGGAAGCAGGUGGAGACUACUGCACUCCCAUCUUAUGACGGACAGACUUGAUACAUUGGAUGCUGGAAACUACUCCUGUGUGGUGGCAAAUCAGUCUGGAGUAGUGAAAUAUAUAAAUUACACAGUAACUAUUCUUGAAUCUGCCUCAAUUUCUAAAGGACUGCAGGAUCAAACAGUGGCUGUGGGUGCAACUAUACAUUUCACAUGUGACAUUCAUGGAAACCCUGCUCCUAAUCUUACCUGGUUCCAUAAUGCAGCUCCCAUCCAUCUCUCUCCACGACAUCUGGUCACAGGAAACAGGUUGAGAAUCAGUGGCAUCACCAAGGAGGAUUCUGGGUUGUACCAGUGUGUGGCAAACAAUGGGAUUGGCUUUAUGCAAUCCACUGGGAGACUUCAAGUCCAGACAGGCAAAGGUUCCAAGCCAGUUAUAGUUUCUUUACCAGCCAGUGCCAAUGUGGUAGAUGGUGGUGAUGUUACAUUGUCAUGCAAUGCCACUGGACUACCUAUUCCUGUAAUCCGUUGGUACAACAGCCGUGGACUUAUUACCAGCCACCCUUCUCAGGUCCUACAUUCAAAACCACGAAAAUCUCCACAAACAAGAAGAGGCAGCAUGAUUUUAGAACCCAUCUACUUCACCAUGUCUCGAGCUGGAUCAAGCUCCCUAUACAUUCAGGCAGUUACUCCAGAGCAUGCUGGGAAAUACUCUUGUGAAGCAACAAAUAAACAUGGCUCAGCACUGUCAGAAGCAUUUCUUACAGUUGUUCCUUUUGAAUCUAGUACAAAAGCUGAAGAAGUCACUCCUACGGAGGUUGCCCAAAGUGAUGAAGGUGAUGGAGAUUAUAAUACAGAAGUGGGGUUUUCAAAUUUGUCUCCGACAAAGUUGCAUCUUGAUGCAGUUGCUACAGAAAAGACACCCAAUGGGGCUUUGCCUCCUGAAGCCCCAAUCAUCCUCAGCCCUCCACAGACACUCAAGCCAGACAUGUAUAACCUGGUGUGGCGCUCUGGAAAGGAUGGCGGCUUGCCCAUCAAUGCUUACUUCGUGAAAUAUCGCAAGCUGGAUGAUGGCGUCAAUGCCAUGGGAAGCUGGCAUACAGUUCGUGUUCCUGGAAGUGAAAAUGAGCUUCAUCUCACAGAACUGGAGCCCUCCAGCCUCUAUGAAGUUCUGAUGGUAGCGAGGAGUGCUGCUGGUGAAGGCCAGCCUGCCAUGCUUACCUUUCGCACCAGCAAAGAAAGAACAUCAUCCUCAAAAAACACUCAGGCCCCAUCUCCCCCACUUGGCAUUCCUAAACAUCCCGUCAUUCAGGAAGGGUCAAAUAACUUUGGGGUGGUCCUUCCAGACCUGUCUCGACACAGUGGAGUUCCAGAGGCUCCAGAUCGCCCUGCUAUCUCAACAGCUUCAGAGACCUCUGUCUAUGUCACAUGGAUACCACGUGCAAAUGGUGGCUCUCCCAUCACUGCCUUUAAAGUCGAGUACAAGCGCAUGAGCCGAAACAGUGAUUGGCUAAUUGCAGCCAAUAGCAUCUCUCCUUCUAACCUGUCCGUGGAAGUUCGCAACUUAGAGCCAGGAGCAACAUACAAAUUCCGUGUGAUUGCCAUUAACAAUUACGGGGAUAGUCCACGAAGCUCACCAUCUCGGCCAUAUCAAGUCGCUGGCUUUACCAACCGUUUUUCCAACCGCCCGAUCACAGGACCUCACAUUGCCUACACUGAGGCAGUCAGCGACACUCAGAUCAUGUUAAAAUGGACUUAUAUUACUUCAAGCAACAACAAUACCCCCAUCCAAGGAUUUUAUAUCUAUUACCGGCCAACUGACAGUGACAAUGAUAGUGAUUACAAGAGAGAGAUUGUGGAAGGUACAAAGCAGUGGCACUUGAUAAGCCACCUGCAGCCAGAAACAUCUUACGAUAUUAAAAUGCAGUGCUAUAAUGAGGGAGGUGAAAGUGAGUACAGCAACGUAAUGAUGUGCGAGACGAAAGUGAAACGCACACCUGGAGCAUCGGAAUAUCCAAUGAAGGAUCUGAGUACACCACCUAAUUCUCCUGAUCGUGCCGGUGGAGGUAAUGCUGGCCCAUCAAAUGGCCCUGUUCGGAGCAGCGACAUGCUAUAUCUGAUUGUGGGCUGUGUCCUUGGAGUGAUGGUCCUUAUUCUGAUAGUUUUCAUUGCCAUGUGUCUGUGGAAGAAUCGCCAGCAAAACGCCAUGCAGAAGUAUGACCCUCCUGGUUACCUCUACCAAGGUGCAGAUAUCAAUGGGCAAAUGGUCGAAUACGCUACUUUACCAGGCACAAGCCGCAUCAAUGGCAGCAUACAUGGAAACUUCAUCAGCAAUGGUAGUCUCAGUAAUGGCUGUCCACACCUCCAUCACAAGGUUCCCAAUGGAGUUAAUGGGAUCAUGAAUGGUGGCUUGAAUGGAGGGACUGGCCUUUACCUGGGACACACCAACUCUCUAUCCAGGACACACAUGGAUUAUGAACAUCCCCACCAUUUAGUGAAUGGUGGUGGAAUGUACACAGCAGUGCCUCAGACCGACCCCUCGGAGUGCAUCAAUUGCCGGAACUGUCGGAACAAUAACAGGUGUUUCACCAAAACCAAUGGCACUUUUAGCAGCAACACACUACCUGUGGUGCCCAUAGUAGCACCUUAUCAGCAGGACAGUUUAGAGAUGAAACCGAUGAAUCAUGUGAUGGUUGCCAUGUGUUUAGCCUCCACGGUCCCAGAAUGCAGCGUCGAGAUGGAGGAAGACAGCAAGGAGAAAGUGGAGCAGCCAUCUACUCAGCAUUCUUGCUGUCAGGAAAAUAUGAAUCAGAUUAACAUAGAUUACCCAGAAGGUGACAUUUGUGCACGUUCAGAAACAUCAAAUCAUAUUUUGAGCUGGAGUCCUCUUAUUCUGCAUCCUGUUUCAAAGGACUGUAAUGAAAAAUCAGGAUGGAAUUCACCUGGUGUCACUUUAAACCGCUCCGGGGACCUUCGACAGCUCCAGAUGCAGGAGACCUGA